AUGGCAGAAGUGUUGGAAUUAUCCAACUUGGAAUUUAAAACAACUAUGAUUAAUGUGAUUAAUGUACCAAGGGCUCUAAUGGAUAAAGCAGACAGCAUGGAAGAACAGAUGGGCAAUAGCCUCUGCAACGGAGUGCACGCGAGGGUCCUCACCCUGAACGCGCGGAACAGCCGGUCGGGAGCCCGCCCUCUUUCUCCGCGGACGAGCCUCCAGCUCCUCUCCGCCAGGCGGCGCGCGGCGCGUCCCCUUGGCAACCGGAGAACGGGCCGGGAGGGCGGGGCGCCCAGGGCGGGGCGCGUGGGGGUCGGGGCGGGGCGUGUCGGGGUCGGCUGGGGCGGGGCGCGGGCGGCCCCCAUCCCUCUCCUGUCCCGCAGAAGGCGAACAGCUGCCCGGUGUGGCGCAGCCAUCAUCGGUGCUGCGCGCAGCCGGGGCCUCUGGGCACCAAUGGAGAACCCAGAGUUUUCGGGUUCAUCCGCGCUGUCCGAUGCGCGUGACACAACAGAAAUAUCCGCUGGCCUCGAAGCCCGCCAGAAGCCCUUAGUACUCAGGAUCCUCGACGUGCACAACAAGUUUGAGGGGCGGGAGGAACCGGAAGAGCCCGAGGAGGCCGAUGAGUGUGAAGAGUCUGAUGAGUCCGGCGAGAUCACCGAGCCCCACGAACCCCGUGAGCCCCACAAAUCCUACGAGCCCCGUGCGCGCCGCGAGCUCCGCAAGCUCCGCGAGCCCCGUAAGCCCCAGGGGCCCCGUGCUCUCCGCGAGCCCCACAAGCCCCACCAAGCCGAGUUGCUUCCCAGCCCCGCCGUGAUGAUCUCCCCGUCUCUGGUGACCAGAUUCCCGCCGCGGAUUCGGCUGUCUUCCCUGAAUUCUGGUCCCUGUGACUUUGUAAGGAAAUGUUUUUUUUCUAGGAAGAGAAUCCAAGAUCUUUCUAGACCUAAAAAACAAUGGGGAGCCCCAGAUGGAAAACUGUUUUGGGGGAAUCAAGAUCCUAUUCGCCCUGUUUCCCAGGGUACUCUGAAGGCUCAGCUGACCAGAAGACUUGAGGACCUCGCCCAGCCCAAGGAAGUCUCCCACCGAUAUGUACCUAACAGGGCUCAAUAUUACUACGGAUGUGGUAGAGAGUCUGUAAUCUGGGAGAUCCCUUCUCCCGCACUGUUUAGCCAACCUUCCAAAAGGAUCCAGAAGCUGGCACAGCCCAAAAGAUUCAAGAAAGAGUAUCUAAUAAAUAGGCCCUUCAGUGAUUACUUAACAAGAGAGUCUCUUCAAAUCUCUGAUCCUUCUCCCCGGAUAUUACGACUCUCAAUAGCCAAAGGCAUAAAUCCAAACUAUGUUCCUCCAAAAAUCAUUGAAACCAAGAUUUCAAUUUCUGCCUUGAGUGCGGUCGCAACUCCAAGAAUUAUAGACCUUGCCCAACCAAGGAUCAAGAUAGAGGGUCUAUGCUAUGAGAGAGAAAGAAGUGAAAUGCCCAUCCGUCCUGUAUCCCGCACUGCCUUGCUAGCCACACCUAGCCCUCGAAUAAUAGCUCUAGCUAAGGCCAAGCCUCUUCAUCAAGAUUAUUUACCUGCCCGUGGUGCCUACUGGCCAGUGUCCUAUGCUGCUAUCCAUUCCAAAGUAUCUCCCAGGAUUGAGGAACUAGCUAAUCCAAAUAAAAGGACUCCUGUGCGUAUUGUAUAUUACGAUCCAGAUGUUUUUAAAGUCAAGCCAGCUGCUUUGAAAGCACAGUGUUCUCCGAGGAUCCAAGAGUUGGCAGAACCUGUUAUGCAUUAAACACAGAAAGCCACAUCAGUCAAACUCUAGUUAUGUAUCUAGAGGACACAUUAGAUGACUUAGUUCCCAACUCUGGUAUGGUCAGUUUGUAUUCUCUUGCUCCCUCAAAAAACAUAUGAGACUUCAGGGAACAUCAGAGUGACCAACAAGGAGCAGUUGCUCCUGUUACCUGUAAUCACCGGUUUAGCAGGUUUGGGGACCCCAGCAUGCAAUAAAAAGAAAAUGACAGCCUGCCUUCUCAUCCUUCCCGGCUCCUCACAAGCAUCUUGGCCGUCUCAUCGCCGUGACUGACCUGAAGAAACAAUCUUCCUUAUAUUUGCUGGUGAGAGCCGUGCUCCCCAGUUGCUGAUCUCACUU